CUUCUUGCGUAGAACGUGUAAAACUCUCGAACGGCGGUGACACCGUCAUGGCUACAGUUGUAAAGUGACGUACGUUGGCGUCUCAGAUCGUGCGAAAUAAUGCGCUGCAGCUGAGCACACCGGCCGUGCAACCGAGUGCACAGCGCGUUGGAAAGCGCCGAAAGUGCUCGACCAAGGCGACGAGGGUCAAAGAUGUAGCGUCCUCGAGCAAGUGUUUCGAGAACAGAGUCUCAACUACGCGGACCUGCCCAGUUUCAGUUUUGCCGUAGCUCGCCGAUCGCCGCACGCACCCGAUGGAAAGCUUCGCCUACGCGACCUACCUCCAACACCUGAUCGCCACUUUGGCGAUCGUGCUUAUUUUUCGUGUCAUCUGGAUCUUCGUCAGGAUCAGACAUGCCGCCGAAGCGUGCAAGAUUCCUCGGAAAAAGCCUGCCAAGCUGAUGAUUGUGCUGGGAUCAGGCGGCCACACGUUCGAGAUGCUCAAGCUGGUGGAGAAUAUAUCCACAACGUCGUACAGCCCACGUGUCUACGUGACGGCUACAACGGAUCCGAUGAGCGCCGAUAAAGCCAAACAAUUAGAGAUGUGGAGAGUCGCAUCGUCGUCACAGGUCCUUCUUCUGAGAUUUCUUUCCUCUAAAAGGGACUCCACCGACGGACCUGAGGAGGAAGAACCUUCCGACUAUGUUGUCGAGCGCAUUCCAAGGAGUCGCGAGUUGCACCAGUCCUGGCUGACAACGGUGCCAACGACACUUUACGCACUUCUGGCGUCAGCACCCAUCCUUCUGCGUCAUUCACCAGAUGUCAUUAUCUGCAAUGGCCCAGGAACAUGUGUGCCAAUCGUUCUGAUGUCAUUCGUGCUGGCUGUGCUGGGCACAAAGAGGACAACGGUGGUGUUUGUGGAGAGCUUCUGUCGAGUUCAGACGCUGUCAUUAUCAGGCCGCAUCCUGUACCACCUUGUCGACCACUUUGUGGUCCAGUGGCCUCAGCUCACAACCAAGUACCCUCGGGCUACAUACCAUGGCCUGCUUGUUUAAGUGAUCUCUGUGCAACUCAUGUGGAUUGUGCAAGGCAUUCUUUACCUUUAGAAAGCCGGGCAUAUUAAUUAAGAGAUUUGUUGGGUCAGUGUCUCACUCGCAUGGGGCUUAACAUGCCUGCAUUAUGCUAGCAACAAAAAAGAGUUUUAAAAUGAAAUGAUGGUUAGUGUGCCUUUUUCAACAGUACAAAGUGAGCCACUUUCACACGUAGUGUACAGCUGUAUCUACCAACCUGCUGCUGCUUUCCCUUUCUCCGAGUGUGUUGGAGCAAUUGUGGCUUGUUGGUUUUACCAUGAAAAGCCAUUCAUUGCUGUAUAACCAUAAGAAAUCUGUGAAAUUCAGCAUUUUUAUGAGCUAUAACUGUAUGCUGCAGUAUGUUUAUGGCUUAAUAGUAGAUCAGGAGGCCCUGCAAAAGAAUUCUUUUUUUAGUGGCUUUUUUUUUAACAUGUAAAACAACUGGGCUCCUUUCUAGGAAACAAGUUAGGGUAGAGGAUGCCGCCUGUUCAAAGUUUCCUUGCACUUGCCAUGUGAAGCUAAGAGCCAACAUGAAACAACAUAUAUGAACACUCUGCUAUUGCAGUGAGUGCACAAGCCUGAGCUUAGUACGAAGAGGUGCUUGAUGGUUUAAACACUUGCACAUGCAUUUUACAUCUCACGAGUUUAAUGGAACACAUACAUAGGACCUUUCGAAACUAUGUCGUUUCUUUGGGUCUUGCAAGUUGUUGUUAUAACUCAGCUCAUUGUAUUGCUUUUUUUGAGCAUGCUGUUGGAAUUUCAAGAUAGUGCUAGAAGCUGGUUACAAUGGAGAAAAGGAAGGAUGUACAGAGUCGUCAUUGUGUAGGUGCAACUUGGGAAACAUCAAAUGAAUUGAAAUGACUGCAAAUAUGGAAGGUGUUAAGGAGCCUUAGUAAAAGCUUUUAGUAUGCCCAUUUUCAAGAGCAUAAAAGAAGAAUCCAGCACCAGAAGCACUGUAUGAGUACUUGAAGUACUUGGGUGUGUUGGUUAGGUUCUCAUUAUUGUUAGGAUGUUUCUUCUAUUAUAAAUCACAAUAGCACAAAUAAUAAAGAUUGCAAGUGUCGGUGGAUAAUGAGAAUGCUUUUUAUUGAGACAUUGAAAGCUGCUUAAGUAACCACAACAGUCACCAGAUGAUGUCAGCUUCUGCCAGGCUCUCAUGUUUCUUGUAGAGGCUUUGAGCCCCAUGCAAAAAACUAGGCUUUGUGUGUGCUUGCUUGUUUUGCAGCCUUUGUGUUGCGAUUGUGUUAGAGCAGCCUUGCCUUGCACAGUCCAGAUGAGUAUGGCACAGAGAUUGGUGGGUUCCCUUCUGAUAGCCCGGCUUUUUCAGGUUCAUGGCUGUGAAUUUCUUCGGGAGCCAUUUUGCUGUGAAAUUUGUAGAGACACCAUUGCUGCCUUAAAACAUAAGGUGUUAGCUUUAUGCAUUUUGUUUGGCUGCCAGAAAUGCUCAUAAGGUCAUUGCACCGAAAUAUGUGUGCCAGGCUAAAAUUUCCUCUUUAUGAAACGUCUAAGAUAAAAACAAUACAAGCAUUACAUUGAAGCAAGCAUUUAUGUAUGAUGCUAGUGUUACAACAGUGCUUUUAUAGUUUGCUGACAAAUGAAUAUGCAGCUCUGUGUGUUGUGGAGACAUGCCACAAACACUACUUAAAACCCUGAACAGGAUCGAAGCGUAGUAGUCAUAGGGAGAGAAAAUUGGUGACGUUUUAUCCUCCGUAUAGUUUUAUACAGUUUUAGUGCGCCAACAAUGUUCAACCUGUUCGGUUGUUAGGCUGUAACGCCAUUAUCUGCCUCUGCACAAUUUCUUGCACUGCACAAGAAGAACUUGAACACACAGUGUAUUUCUGUAUGAGCUUCUCGUACAUUAAUGAUUGUAAGUAACAAAGUAGGGGCUUCUUCAUUCAGAAACAAAUUUUGGGUUAGAUUCGAAGGAGACUGCCAUUUUCUUUUAGGAUUUCAGUUGCACAAUGCAGGAGCUGCUUGACGUUAUUAUCAGAGUGGAGGUGUUUGUGUAAAUUCAACAUGUUCCGGCACUUCCGUGCAUGAUCAGAUUUUAUUGUAAAUUCUAUAUUGACUAUAAAAUAAACAUUUUGUAGGUUAAAGUUCUAAAAAAAAAAGGGGGAAAAAGCAUUGAACAUGGGUAGUUGUCACACAUUUCUUUGUCGUUCUUGGAAGGAAUAGUUGACACUGAAAUUGUCAGGUCUACUUAAAUUAGAUACACAUUGUGCAGGCUUUUGCAAUAUGUUGCCAUCAGCAAGAUUCGAACUCCUUUGGUGACGUGAAUUAAUUGCAGCGUGCUUCUCAUACCACUAGAAAAUUGUAUAUGCAUGCAAUAUUGUGGUUGUGUAUAUGCUUUGGUAUGGCAGCUGAUCUGCGCCAAGGAAAAAAAAAAUGUGACCAAACAGAAGAGCGCAGCCAUGAACCUGAAUACAGGGUCCAGGGUAUUUUUGCUGUAGUUCGCUUAAAGUUCAUGGCAAGAAUCUGUCCAUUGUUGCCAAUGGGGCUGAUGAAUUCACUGUAUACUAGGAUGUGCAGAUGGCAGUGGUGUCACGCUUGUAGCUAAGCGCACUUGACGCAGGCUCUUUUGUUCAAUUCCUCUGGGUUGCUGCUGGUUCAGUAGCCCGAGGAAAGCACAAGGCUUGCCGCAAAGUUAGCUAGCUGCAGACUGCAUUUAAACCGAGACACCACAACACCCAAGGCACUGCACCACAUAAUUGUUUGCAGUGGCUGAUGACACAGAUUGGAAGGCCAUGUUCUAGCUCUCAAAUGGCUUCUAGCAGCACUGAUAUGUCUAGGAGUGUUGCCUGCUGUGCAGCUCUUGAUUUCUGUGUUCUCAUCUUUUUUUACACAGGGUUUUUUUUUCUACUACUUGAGGUUACUACUAAUGAACGAAUUGUGAGCAGCCAAUAUGUUCGAAUGUUCGAUUAUUUGAUCUUUUUUUUUUGUUCCCUGCCCCUUUUUACUCUCUUUCGAGAAUGAGAGGUUCUUCUAGCAGCCCCAACUGCACAGAGCAGGCCUUUGAUGCAGCGUGGAUGGUUGUAAUGAAUGUGUGAGAAGUGUUUAGAUGGAAGGAACAUACCCAUGCAGAAAUCAAUUACAAAACAAAGGGAUUAUAUAUUUUAAAGAAGAGAAUGCUAGUCGUGACAACAGUUCUGAUUCAUAACAAAUUGCAAGGACGUAGAGCACCUCAGGUUUUAUUGUUGACCUUUUUUUUUCCGCUUUUCUCAAAGGUAACAAGCGACAUAUCCUGUUUUCCAGCAGUGUCCUGAUCUGCUGCAAGUCUUCAGUAAAAUCAGGGCAUGAUUAGUCUAAUUGUUUUCUAAUUUUGAGUCUCUGCUUAAACUGUGGGUUUAACCUCCGUGUUUUAUUCAUUCUCAGGAUUCUGUUUCUAGUUUUAGUCUCUAGUACAAAGCUGGGGCAUGUGCAAAUAUGCCUUGUCUGUGGCUGGUCCAUGGAUGGGGCGUUAUGCAUUUAAAAGUGCUCCGAGCCCAUUUUGCAAGCUAUGGCACUUCCCGAGAUAUUUGUCUUUGCAUUUGUUCCCUCGAAGUUACAUUCACAAGCUUCCCACAUGUAAUUUAAUGACAUUGUUGUCAUCACGAGCGUUUUGAGCCCAACUGCGCUGCUUGUGGAGUGUCUGCUGGUAAGUUGGGCCAUCCAAGAAAAAAUUGAUGCCUGUUAUCAAUAGAUGGAACAUGUUGCACAAGCUUCUUCUUCAACAGCUCAAAAAGUGCAGCUAAAGCAAGUCACGCACAGCUUAAAGGAUGCCAAGUGUUUUGAAGAGCCUGUAAAAUGUGUCUGUGCCUGCAACUUUAAAAAAUUGGCUCCGUGAAGUUGACACACAGUGCAUUUUUUUUUUUUGAGUGUGCAAUCCUGGAUUUUUGAGAUCUCCAGAUUAAACUUAUAACACCACUUA